AUGGGCGACAGAUCAGAUCAGUACGGCGACAUCCCGCCGGUUCACUCUCAACAGCAAAUGCACGGAUAUGGACGCAACGGCGAACCAGGCCUUUCGUCAGUGCCAGAAGACCAGCACAAUUGGGGGCCCGGUCCGGGUAUUGCACAUACACACUCCAUGCGAACAGACUCCACUGCAACUCCGGGGAUGGAUAAUCUAGGGCCUGCGGCUGUGGGCGGCGGUAUUAGUGGUAUCGCCCUUGGCGUUGCCAACACCCAUGACCGUCAGAGUGGCGUUGACGCUUUCAGGGAAACAGACGCAACACUCGGCUACAUCCCCGCUGAACGAGGAUACCACACUACCGGCGCGGAUAAUCCGUAUGUGCCAGCGCCACCGAGCAUUGGGCCGGGCCCAGACGGCAGCUCGGAGGGGCUGCCCUCGCAUGAGACCUUCGGCUCGAGUGCGGCAUUGGGAGGUGCAGCUGCGCCGGUAGGUAACUGGACGCCGCCAGGCGGAUCGCAUAAUAGCUUUCUCGAUGCUUCUUAUCCCGCGGCAGGGCCAGGGCCAUACCAGCGAUAUUCGGGGCAAAGCGCGCAUGAAUACCACGGCAACAUCAACCCGGAUGAUAUUCUUGACGAUGGGGACGACGGUUUUGUGGCAGCUCCGUCCAGAAGGUCCCAUGCAGCUGGAGGGGCAGCCGCUGGCGGUGCAGCUGGUGGGCUUCUAGGAGGGUUCUUCGGGGCCAAGAAGGCGGCCGAUGUUUCCUACGACCCAGUUCCAGGAGCAGGUCUGCCGUCUGCAGAAAAGUAUGCUAGGCCCAGACCGUCCGGGGGGAGUAAAAAGCGUGGAUGGAUUAUCGGCGGUAUUCUGGCUUUGAUAGUGGUCGCAGCCAUUAUCGGUGGUGCUGUUGGCGGCAUCUUGGGCAAUCGUAGGUCAGAGAGUUCAUCGGACUCUUCCGACGGUGUAUCAGCAGAUGAUGACACAGAGACCAACGGCGAUCUCGACAAGAACUCGGACGAAAUCAAAUCUCUUAUGGCUAUGGAAGGGUUGCACAAGGUGUUCCCAGGCAUGGACUACACACCCUGGGGCGUCCAACACCCCGAGUGUGACAAAUGGCCACCGUCCCAGAACAACGUUACCCGCGAUAUGGCCGUGCUUUCUCAACUGACCAACACUGUGCGCCUCUACGGCACUGACUGCAACCAAACCCAAAUGGUCCUGCACGCCAUCGACCGUCUAGAGCUCACGGACAUGAAGCUCUGGCUCGGCGUCUGGAUCGACACAAACACCACAACCAACAAGCGCCAGCUCUCGCAGCUCUACGACAUCCUUGACAACCGCUCCGACCAUUCCAUCUUCAAGGGUGCCAUCAUCGGCAAUGAAGCCCUCUACCGCGCGGGCUCGACAAAAGAAGAAGCACGCAAGAACAUUAUCAGCUACAUGGAUGAAGUCCGCCAGCACUUCGAGGACCACAAUAUCAACAUCAAAGUCGCGACCUCCGACCUCGGCGACAACUGGGACGAGACCCUGGCGAACGCCACAGACGUCGUCAUGUCUAACGUCCACCCGUUCUUUGGUGGCGUUGAAGUCAACAAGGCAGCAGGCUGGACCUGGACCUUCUGGGACACGCAUAAUGCCCCGCUUACGCAGGGGACGAAUAAAGGCAACAUCAUUGCCGAGGUAGGCUGGCCCAGCGGUGGAGGCAAUGAUUGCGGUGACGGCGCAAACUGCAACGACGAUACCUCUGGUGCUGUGGCGGGCGUCAAAGAGAUGAACCAAUUCAUGGCGGAUUGGGUCUGCCAGGCGCUGGAGAAUGGAACGGAUUAUUUCUGGUUUGAGGCAUUCGAUGAGCCGUGGAAGGUACGAUUCAACACGGGCGAUGAACAGUGGGAGGAUAAAUGGGGUCUCAUGGAUCCAGGUCGCAAUCUGAAGCCUGGGAUUGAGAUUCCUGACUGUGGCGGCAAGACAGCGACAUAG